UUUAAAAAGAAGAUAAAAACUUAGAGAAACAAGUUUUUAAGAAGUUGGUAAAAGCCACCGCGACAGGAAUUCAAAUUUCGCGCCACUAAGGGUUAACUAAUAAUUUGCAGCACUGAUUAUUUUAAAUUUGAAAAUUUUCGGUUAUAGUGAGCUCAGGGAAUUUAGUCGAAAAUUUGGAAAUUGCACAAUGGUUGUGGGCGUCUUUCCACUGGGAAAACUAGCUUUACUUGCCAUCAAGCACAUUAGCAAGCCUAUCAGCAAUAUGAUCAAGCAAAAGGCCAAAAAGAAUCAGUCAUUCAAAUCCCUGGUUGUUGCUCCCCCAGCAAGAUUAUACCAUGUUAUUGAUGUUCGCUCCAAGAUGUGGAUGCUGGGACUGGGACAACCUCGUCUUAUUCCGCCCCUAACUGACGCGAUGACUAUCCAAAUGGGUGGCGAUAUCCUGGGCGAAAUGAUCAUCUUCAUUAUUGGCGCCACGCUGAUUAUAGGGGAAUUUAAAAGGCAAGCCAAGAAGGACAGGUUGAAGCACGAGAAACACAGGCUGCAUCGGGAGAAGCUGGAGGAAAGAAUUGGUGACCUCACCAACAAGGUCAGCCGCCAGUCCAAGGAAAUCCAUCAGCUGAGAAGCAAGUUGGUCAGCAGAGAAACCUAUAUGGGAUGUAGCAGUACGGCGGAUUUGGAAUGUAACUGA